AUGUCCAAACGUCUGGGUAAACACAAUCUGUUGUUUAUAGAGGAAGAAGAAGAGGAUGUCCAUUCCCAACUUCAAUAUGCACCAGAAACCAUAGAAGAAGAUGACGAUCCAAUCGUUGAUUCAAUCCCUUUAGUGCUAAAUGAUCUACCAUCUACUAAUGUCAAUAAAUUCCACGUCAUACAAUAUCCAGGUCGUUCUAAGAAUAGACCACUCGAGGGAACCUAUUACAAAUCCAACAUCAAGAAAGAAACGAAUUUCUUAGAAGUCAAGUUGCCAUUAGAUACAUCUCGAUUUUUCAAUGCUGGUAAAGCAGAUGAAUGGGGUGAAGAUGUUGGCCAACAAACCUUGAAUGGUGUUUUAAAUAGAACUGAAGGUGGAUUAUACGUUGGUAAAAUAGUUACAGAAGGAAAUAAUAAAAAAGUUGUGCUUGUGCCAGUUGAAAGUACUACUCAACUUCGUACUUCAUUCAAAUAUAUUGAUGAUAUAGAUGCAUCAAACCAAGCUCAAAGAAAAGCAGAAGCUGCAGAAAAUAAUAAACCAAACAAUAUUCAAAUCCUUCAAUCAGCCUCUAAAUCAGGUGCUCAAAUCACUCAUGGUGAUGGAUUCGGUAAUGCUUUGGGAGAAUCCUUAAAACAAAUUAAGAAAUUUGAAGAUGAAGAAUGGGUCGCAUUAAGAUGGGAAACUGCCGAUGGAACUACUGCUUCUACUAUUAAACAGGAGGUUUUCGCCAAUGCUCCAGACCAAGAAUUGUCUACCGAAUCAAGUUUAAUGAAUUAUAUAGAUGACUUAACUAGUUCUUAA